CUAUACUCCGUAUUCCCAAACCCUCACACUGUUCACUCCGCGCCGCCGCCGCAAUCGGACGAUCCGACAAUGAAAAAGCUUUACCGAAAGAGCGCAGUUCAUCCCACGCCGCCGCUGGUUCUAGACCAGCUCGCCUUUUUGCCGGCGGCGAUUCUGGCUCUCACCGUCGCUCUCGGACAGGGAGACAAGGAAGUGCUGGCCUAUCUCGUGUCCUGCUCCGCCGGGAGCUUCAACGCCGAUAGGAAAUCCGCCGCGUACUGCGGCGGAAAGGGAGGCUCCGACGCGCAUCCGCCCCGAUUCGACUGCUACUGCUUCAGCUGCUACAUGAGCUACUGGGGCAGGUGGGACUCGUCGCCGAACCGCCAGCUCAUACACGAAAUCAUCGACGCCUACGAAGACCGAUUGGCCUCGUGGAGCAGAAACCAGAGGAGGGAGAAGAGGAAGGGCAAGGCCGGGAGGAAGCAGGCGAAAGGGCCGUCCGGUUCUCCCCCUCCGGGAUUCUCCGGCGAGUCGAUGAAUAGCUCCGAGUUGAGUUUGGAAACGGGCGAGUCUGGCGAGUCGAACUCGGCCGAGUUGGACUCAACCCGGUAUGAGGAGGAAGAAGAAGAAGGUGGGGCAGUGAGAAGAUUCGUUAGCUUUGUUGGGGAGAGAAUCUGGACUUCCAUUUGGACUUGAAAAAAAUUAUUUUUUCAAGGAAAAAAAUUAAGGUUUGUUUGGUUUGAUCACUUCUCAUUAGUGUUUUUUUUUUCUUUUUAAAAUUAAAAAAAUGGGUUUUGUAAUAUUGACUAUAACCCAGCCAUAAUGUAAAAUAUGCCCCUGGUUUUCGAAGUUCAUCAUUUUCAAAAACUUGAAAGUUUAUGAGAUUGGGGGCAAUAUCUCUUACACAUCCUCUCCAGACCCUAAUCUAGCAGACAGAGUUUAAUUGAGUUGUUGUUUAGCAUCCGAUCCCGAUUCCCCACGGAGAUUUAACAUUUUAGAAAGAUAUAUUCUAGAAUAUCUACUUAAAUAUUACGAAAUUCUAAAUGCAAAUUUUUUUCCCACAUAAGAUUUUCUAAUUUUUAUUUUCUCUAAAUAUUGGCAAUGUGAAAUGUAUGCAAUUUGACAUUGUGUAGUGUUGUUUCAAGGUGUUUUUUGGUAUUGUAAAUUUUAUUCUCGGUAUAAAUAAAAACGUUGGAUUACG